AUGGCCGCUACCGAGGCUCUCGGCCCGCGCAAGGCGCUUUGGCGGGCCGCACGUGAGCAGUCACAGGCCGACAAGCCGGAGGCCGACAAGCCGGAGGCCGACAAGCCGGAGGCCGACAAGCCGGAGGCCGACAAGCCGGAGGCCGACAAGCCGCGGGCCACCGAGACGUGGCAAGAUCAAGAUCAGACUGGAAGCUGGGUGGAUGCUUCGGCGUGGGUAGUGAGCUCGGACGAUGACGAGGUGGAGAGCAGUCAGGACUGUGUGUGGGACUCGGCCACCACCUCGGCAGCAGACGCCAAGACCCGCGCGUACGUCGCCGACAUCCGCAACGCCAUGCGCCUGGAUAUGGCUCCGCAGACAGCGGUGCAGAGCCUGAGCGAGUGCUUUUCCAUCUCGGUCAUCGAUGAUCUGGAACUGUCGGGUAUGCGGCAGCGGAGGCGAUCGGUUGACAUGAAGCUGGUUGACGGCGUGCCUGAGCUCGAACAGCCCGUCGAGGCCGUCGAUCUCCAGCCAAGCCGCAGUAGCAACUCAUGCUAUGCCAGGGAUGAUGGUCGGGCGGGCGAGGCAGAGUCUGUGCUGGGAGUAGAGGCACAGCCUGUCAAGUUGGAAGAUCUCGAGUCGGGCAGCAUUGAUCAAGCACGCACAGCGCACUACCGCGCCAGGGCGGCAGCUCAAGCCGUUGAGCUCGAAAACGCCGAGGUCAAGGCAGCUUCCCGCGUCGCUGCCGCUCUCGCGCCGUUCCGCGAGCUGGCGGACGAGCUUUGCGCAGUUGCACGCGACGAGCUCGGCAGCAAGACUGGACUCCCGCAGGCUGCCGAGUUUGAUCCCGAUACCACGACCACCGAAGCCAAGGCCCUCGCGGCGUUGUUGCGGAGCGUUUUCUUUGCAUACCGGGGCGAGUCGAUGUCCACCGUUGAGCAGCGCCGACGGCGGUCUCCGUCGGCGUCGCCGAUUGCCUCGGUGACGUCGGUGCUUUGGUCGCCUGAGCCUGAUCUGAAAGGAAAGGCGACAACGAGUGUAGCGGCAAGCGACGAGCUGAUUGCGGAGAACCGCAUGCUGCGGGCCCAGCUGGCGUCAGUGCUUGAUGCUGUUGACGAGCUCCGCAGCGUGCCAGAUCCCAGUGCAGCUCUAGAGGCCAACUACAAGGUGCUCGCCGACAUUCGCGCACAGGAGACUGAGCUCAUGCGCGCUGUCUCGGAUCAGAGCGCCGCCGCCGCCGCCAAGGCCGAGAUGCAAGCCGAAGUGGUGACAGCGGAGCGCAAGCUGGCGACCGCGCUCGAGUCGGCCCGGACCUGGGGCUCACUGCAUCAGGAGACGGCAGCCAAUUUGCUUGACUUGUCAAACAAGUACAAGCGGCUCAAGGUCAAGCACAACAAGCUGCGUGCCAUGUACACUGCCGCUAAGGCGCGGAUUGCCCGGCAGGGCGAGGUCUUGAUGCACGUCUCGCACUCGCUUGAUGAGCAUGAGGCGCGGGAUGGGUAA